AUUCCUUUUUAAAUUAAAGUUUAUGUUAAAUAGUAAAUUAAUAACUAACCACCGCAUCCAGACAAGUGUUCUCACAAACAUCAUAACCGCUCCACUAUCGGUGACGUGUCUAGCGAUUAAAGGACGCAGUAACGACCGUUUGCGAUAAAAACUGAUAACUAAUCUCAUUCUUAGUCAACUAGCGGCCACACUCGUUUGUUUCUUACAUCCGCGAUCAGUCCACUCCAAACAUACCAAAUUUAAAAUUCAAAUAUUUAAAAUCCUUCUCAAUUCAAAACAGUUAAAAACUUAAAACGUUCGAACUUUAGUACCGUUGUUGCAAUAUACUUAAUUUAAAAUUAAUAAUAUUUUCAUAAAUAAAAUCAUUCAUAAUUCAAAACCGAUUUAUAACGGGCCGCUUAGUUUACAAGUUAACGUUCGAGAUUUAAAACUAUUCAAAUAAAGAAUGCGUGUCGGUUUCAAUUCGUGACAAAAUUACGUUGCCAGUGUUUUUAAAUGAGACAUCGACAAUUUAACAUCUUAUUAUAGUACCGUUGCUUCGGUUUUUGAAUGGAAAUGAGAAUGCAUAUACAAUUUUACGAUUUAAAUCAAUACUAAUAAAAUGUACUUCUUAGUGUGUUGUUGCAUAACAGUUAACGUGUUAAUACGUUACAAAUAGCAGUUAAUAGAUCGAAUUUUCGUAUGAAAGUUGAGUGAUUCAGUGUUCGGGACGAUGCGUGUGCGUCUGCAUGUUGCUAAGAUUGCGCUGUUAGUGUUGUGCUAGUGUUGUGCAUUAUGAGUGUUCCGAAUUUAAGUGUUGAUCAAAUUACAGAGAUCGAAGCUGCGGAGGCAUGCAAAUGGCUAAGGGCGGCCGGAUUCCCUCAGUAUGCGCAGAUGUACGAAGAUCUCCAAUUCCCGAUAGACGUGUCGGGAGUACAGAACGACCACCCGUUCCUGGAUGCGGACUCGUUGCAGUCCCUGUUCCGGCGGCUGACGGCCCUCAACCGUUGUGCCAACAUGAAGCUAGAACACCAUCAUCAUCAGAAGAGAUCGAACGACUCAGAUGAUGAGCAGUGUGCAUUAAGUGACAAAUGGCAGUACGAGAGGAAGUCGCGGCGGUGGUCCAGGGUCGUGGAGAUCACGCCACAAGCACAGAGGAGGCUGCAGGUGAUAGCCGCUCGGGCACUAGCAGAAAGAGAAGCAAGAGAGGCGAGGGGAGAAGUAGAAGAUGACGAAGAUGAAACACUGCCCACGAUAAGAGUAGGGCUUGUGGAUGCAGAUGGACAUUAUACCGAUGUUGAACCUGAUCUAUUAACAGUACCAGGUCAGCCCCUAAUACAGUUACCAAGCGACAAAGAAGAUGAAGAAGAAACGGGCACACGUUUCCGCCGCACGGGAUCCGAACGUCUGCGGGACGGUGCCAAAGCCCUGCUCCGAAGGGUGGAAUCCCUCAAGACGCGAAGAAGAAAACGCCAAAACCGGACCGAAGUCAUCGUAUCAUCCCCGCACUUUUUGGACACGUCUCAAGACAAAUACGCUGACCUUAGCUACAUUGACAUGACGCCCACAACUCCAACUGCUUUCCCGUUCCCUGACUUCCACAGUUCGCCCAUACAUGCACCAGCGAUCAGGACCCAACCACCGUCCCCCAUGACUGUGAUGCCACCAUCUCCUAUUGCCCCUCUUGAACAAUCCUUCGUCCUGAAUGCACCCUUUGGUGACGACAGCUCAAGUUACGCGUCUGAUGGGAGUAUGGGGUCCAGUAAUAAGAGUUCGAAGUCUAAAUUGGGAAGAGCGAAGAGAAUCUUCCAUCGGGGGAUCAAGAAUGAGGAUUCGAGUGCGUUGAGUGAUUCUGAAUGUCAACCCGCUAGUUGGAGGCAUAAUUAUUACAAAGAACAUAACACUCAUCAGAAUACAGAGGUUUAUGUGGAGCCCCCAUCUCCAGUAGAACUGAAGCCUGACCCUGAAGUGCUCCGUGAAGUCCAGAAGUCACCAGGACAUACUGUUCACCGACGUCAAGCCAUCAGGACCAGUUCACUCAAUUUAGGGAAAGAGGGACAAAAGUUUCGUGAUCGAAGUCUGAAGAGAGAUAAGUCUGCAUCGAGGAGUUCGGAGCUGGACAGCAGCCCGAACUCCGCGGGAUCCAGGUCUCAUGAUGGUGACCAGGACGAUGAUGACGAUAGCCUCGACAUGAAGAGCAAGAAGAACAACAUCCAGCGAUGGUACUCAUUUAGGACAAGCACGCUGAAUGGAGGACCGAAAGCUAACAACACUUUGACACCAACGCCAAACCAAAAGGAUCCUGAUUCUUAUUUGUCGCGCCCCAUGUCCUCACUGUCGUGUGGUCAGCUGCAUAUCCUGAGAAAGUUGGCUCUACUGCGUCUGACAGCCUGCAUGGAGCGGUACUGCCCCUCCCACAAAUCUGGCUGGAACUGGGAAUUACCUAAACUUAUCAGGAAGAUCAAGACCCCUGAUUAUAAAGAUAAAACAGUUUUCGGCGUUCCUCUCACAGUGUCCUUACAAAGGACGGGGCAUGCGCUCCCGAAGCCCAUACAAUGUGCUCUAAACUGGCUGAAGAAUAAUGCGUUGGAUCAGAUGGGAAUCUUCAGGAAAGCCGGUGUGAAAUCCAGGAUAGCAAAACUCAGGACGACUGUAGAAGCGGCUGGAGCCUCAAACGCGUCCUUCGCCAUCGAGAACCUGAACACGAUUGAACCAAACCAGUCGAGCCUGAACUUCGACGGUGCGCAGGCGCAUGACGUAGCUGAUAUGGUGAAGCAGUACUUCAGGGAGCUGCCCGAUGCGUUACUCACUAAUAAGCUCAGUGAGACGUUUAUUGCUAUAUUUCAACAUGUCCCUGAACCACUAAGGCCUGAUGCAGUGCAGUGCGCGUUGUUAUUGCUGCCAGAAGAACAUUUAGAAGCUCUGCAUUCUCUUCUCAUAUUUUUGGGAGAGGUAGCAGAACAUUCGGCUGUGAACCAAAUGACGGCGUCUAACCUGGCUGUCUGCCUAGCACCCACACUGCUCAGGCUACACCACGCCCCGCCCCAGACAGGAAGCACGAAGGAAGGAAACUCGAAUAGAAUGGUAAUCGAGAGUGUAGCAGACCAGCGUCAGAUCAGUGAGAGUCGGGCCGCGCACGCGUGCCUGCUGCUCCUCAUCCAGAAGCACGAGCAACUGUUCCUAGCGCCAGCCGACAUGCUGGCCAGGUGCAAAUUCAACUACUUCGAGGAAAGCGUCCCGGUGGCAUUAGAAGAAUUGGGUGCUGACUUCAACCAAGACUGGAAAGGUUUCCAGCAAGCCUGCAUAAAAGCCUUACUCAAAGAAGCCAAAGAAAGUGAAACUCGUGGGUGGAUGUCGGUGUCAGGGGCAGCUCCCCAUGUGGAACUGUGCUGCAAGAAGGUUGGUGAUGGGCAUCCACUGAGGCUGUGGAGAGCCACCACUGAUGUGGAGGCGCCGCCGCAGGAGGUUAUGCAAAGGAUACUCCGUGAGCGACACAUAUGGGACGAUUCGCUAGUGAAGUGGCGUGUCGCUGAGAAACUUGGCACGAAUGCGGAAGUGUUCCAAUAUAUCACUGCAUCCAGCAUCAAUCUGCCGUCAAGGGAUUACUGUGUUUUACGGUCGUGGCAGCAAGGCGGCGGUGGUGGCGGUGGGGGCGGCUGGUGUGCUGUGGCCGAGACGUCAGUGGCGCACAGCGCGGGCGCGGCGAGCGCGGCGGGAGGCGCGGCCGGGGGCGCGGGCGCCGCCCCGGCCGCGGCCAGCGCGCGCGGCGUGGUGCUGGCCUCGCGGUACCUGGCGCAGCCCGCCGGCAAGGGCCGCAGCCGCCUCGUGCAUCUCGCCAGGGUUGAUACCAUGGGAAGAACACCAGAGUGGUACAACAAAUGCUACGGCCACAUUUGUGCCCUAUAUUUAGCCAGAAUCCGGGCUUCGUUCAAGCACAACACAGAAGGGCCGGAAUCGAAUGUAUGAUCCAAGCAUUCCACUUAAGUUGGUACCAUAUUGGCACUGGCUUAAGUUGGCGUUGGUCGCCAAUGUAUAUAGUCUAGACUAAGUUGGAAUUGGACAAUGGAAUCUGGAAAGUCAGAAUGGGUAGGCGCCAGCCAAACAUUUGUUCAAUAUUGGUGUUUGAUUAAAUAUUCUCCAAACAGUUAUAUUAUUAUAGUUGACAAUUAUUGGAUAUUAAAAUAUAGUAUCAAAAGCAAUAGCAUAUCUAAAUAUUUAUUAUAAUAAAAUGUCUGUUUAAAGGUAGUGAAAAUGACAAUUUGACUCUCAUAAAUAGAGAUUUAAACAUACAAUUUAACGGCUUUGUUGCCUUUAAUUACUCAUUUCUUAGACUAUAAACAAAUAUAUAAUAAAUAUUCAGAAUUAUAUAUUUAUA